GCUACUGUUGUAUGCAAGCAAACUGGAAUGGGAGAUAUUGGUAAAGCAACAUAUAUCGAUCGGGAUUACAAUUUCAGUAGGAGUAUGUUUAACGUUUACUGCACAGGUAACGAAACCGAUCUAUCAGAGUGUACAUAUGACACCAGUGACAGUAUGGGAAUGUGUGAUUAUGUGCAAGAUGCUGGAGUUCAUUGCAUCGAUACAGUUGCAGGUAAUAUUUCAGUGUUUGUUGGAUCUGAUGGUCGAGUACUUUUGUACAACGCAGAUACUUAUAAUACUUCAUCAAUAUGUUCCUACAAUUGGAACGAUCAAGAUGCUACAGUUGUAUGCAAGCAAACUGGCAUGGGAGAUAUUGGUAAAGCAACAUAUAUCGAUCGGGAUUACAAUUUCAGUAGGAGUAUGUUUAACGUUUACUGCACAGGUAAUGAAACCGAUCUAUCAGAGUGUACAUAUGACACCAGUGACAGUGUGGGAAUGUGUGAUAAUGUGCAAGAUGCUGGAGUUCAUUGCAUCGAUACAGAUCAGACCCAAUUGGUUUUGGGACCGGAUGGUCGAAUACUCUUUUAUAACACUCAGACAGGAGAUAUAUCAACAGUAUGUUCGUACAUGUGGAAUGACCAAGGUGCUGACGUUGUUUGUAGACAACUGGGGAUGGGAGACAGUGGUACAGCAGUCUAUCUUCCAAGAGAUCACAACUAUACAAGAAAUAUGUAUAGCGUAGAAUGCAUGGGAGGCGAAAAGAACAUGUAUGACUGUAACUACCAGGUGACUGACUACUCCGGGUCAUGUGAAUAUGUGUCUGAUGCUGGUGUUGAGUGUGCUUCCCAAGUUGCAGGUAAUAUUUCAGUGUUUGUUGGAUCUGAUGGUCGAGUACUUUUGUACAACGCAUAUACUUAUAAUACUUCAUCAAUAUGUUCCUACAAUUGGAACGAUCAAGAUGCUACAGUUGUAUGCAAGCAAACUGGCAUGGGAGAUAUUGGUAAAGCAACAUAUAUCGAUCGGGAUUACAAUUUCAGUAGGAGUAUGUUUAACGUUUACUGCACAGGUAAUGAAACCGAUCUAUCAGAGUGUACAUAUGACACCAGUGACAGUGUGGGAAUGUGUGAUUAUGUGCAAGAUGCUGGAGUUCAUUGCAUCGAUACAGUUGCAGGUAAUAUUUCAGUGUUUGUAGGAUCUGAUGGUCGAGUACUUUUGUACAACGCAGAUACUUAUAAUACUUCAUCAAUAUGUUCCUACAAUUGGAACGAUCAAGAUGCUACAGUUGUAUGCAAGCAAACUGGCAUGGGAGAUAUUGGUAAAGCAACAUAUAUCGAUCGGGAUUACAAUUUCAGUAGGAGUAUGUUUAACGUUUACUGCACAGGUAAUGAAACCGAUCUAUCAGAGUGUACAUAUGACACCAGUGACAGUGUGGGAAUGUGUGAUAAUGUGCAAGAUGCUGGAGUUCAUUGCAUCGAUACAGAUCAGACCCAAUUGGUUUUGGGACCGGAUGGUCGAAUACUCUUUUAUAACACUCAGACAGGAGAUAUAUCAACAGUAUGUUCGUACAUGUGGAAUGAUCAAGGUGCUGACGUUGUUUGUAGACAACUGGGGAUGGGAGACAGUGGUACAGCAGUCUAUCUUCCAAGAGAUCACAACUAUACAAGAAAUAUGUAUAGCGUAGAAUGCAUGGGAGGCGAAAAGAACAUGUAUGACUGUAACUACCAGGUGACUGACUUCUCCGGGUCAUGUGAAUAUGUGUCUGAUGCUGGUGUUGAGUGUGCUUCCCAAGUUGCAGGUAAUAUUUCAGUGUUUGUAGGAUCUGAUGGUCGAGUACUUUUGUACAACGCAGAUACAUAUAAUACUUCAUCAAUAUGUUCCUAUAAUUGGAACGAUCAAGAUGCUACAGUUGUAUGCAAGCAAACUGGCAUGGGAGAUAUUGGUAAAGCAACAUAUAUCGAUCGGGAUUACAAUUUCAGUAGGAGUAUGUUUAACGUUUACUGCACAGGUAACGAAACCGAUCUAUCAGAGUGUACAUAUGACACCAGUGACAGUAUGGGAAUGUGUGAUUAUGUGCAAGAUGCUGGAGUUCAUUGCAUCGAUACAGUUGCAGGUAAUAUUUCAGUGUUUGUUGGAUCUGAUGGUCGAGUACUUUUGUACAACGUAGAUACUUAUAAUACUUCAUCAGUAUGUUCCUACAAUUGGAACGAUCAAGAUGCUACAGUUGUAUGCAAGCAAACUGGCAUGGGAGAUAUUGGUAAAGCAACAUAUAUCGAUCGGGAUUACAAUUUCAGUAGGAGUAUGUUUAACGUUUACUGCACAGGUAAUGAAACCGAUCUAUCAGAGUGUACAUAUGACACCAGUGACAGUGUGGGAAUGUGUGAUAAUGUGCAAGAUGCUGGAGUUCAUUGCAUCGAUACAGAUCAGACCCAAUUGGUUUUGGGACCGGAUGGUCGAAUACUCUUUUAUAACACUCAGACAGGAGAUAUAUCAACAGUAUGUUCGUACAUGUGGAAUGAUCAAGGUGCUGACGUUGUUUGUAGACAACUGGGGAUGGGAGACAGUGGUACAGCAGUCUAUCUUCCAAGAGAUCACAACUAUACAAGAAAUAUGUAUAGCGUAGAAUGCAUGGGAGGCGAAAAGAACAUGUAUGACUGUAACUACCAGGUGACUGACUACUCCGGGUCAUGUGAAUAUGUGUCUGAUGCUGGUGUUGAGUGUGCUUCCCAAGUUGCAGGUAAUAUUUCAGUGUUUGUUGGAUCUGAUGGUCGAGUACUUUUGUACAACGUAGAUACUUAUAAUACUUCAUCAAUAUGUUCCUACAAUUGGAACGAUCAAGAUGCUACAGUUGUAUGCAAGCAAACUGGCAUGGGAGAUAUUGGUAAAGCAACAUAUAUCGAUCGGGAUUACAAUUUCAGUAGGAGUAUGUUUAACGUUUACUGCACAGGUAAUGAAACCGAUCUAUCAGAGUGUACAUAUGACACCAGUGACAGUAUGGGAAUGUGUGAUAAUGUGCAAGAUGCUGGAGUUCAUUGCAUCGAUACAGAUCAGACCCAAUUGGUUUUGGGACCGGAUGGUCGAAUACUCUUUUAUAACACUCAGACAGGAGAUAUAUCAACAGUAUGUUCGUACAUGUGGAAUGAUCAAGGUGCUGACGUUGUUUGUAGACAACUGGGGAUGGGAGACAGUGGUACAGCAGUCUAUCUUCCAAGAGAUCACAACUAUACAAGAAAUAUGUAUAGCGUAGAAUGCAUGGGAGGCGAAAAGAACAUGUAUGACUGUAACUACCAGGUGACUGACUACUCCGGGUCAUGUGAAUAUGUGUCUGAUGCUGGUGUUGAGUGUGCUUCCCAAGUUGCAGGUAAUAUUUCAGUGUUUGUUGGAUCUGAUGGUCGAGUACUUUUGUACAACGUAGAUACUUAUAAUACUUCAUCAAUAUGUUCCUACAAUUGGAACGAUCAAGAUGCUACAGUUGUAUGCAAGCAAACUGGCAUGGGAGAUAUUGGUAAAGCAACAUAUAUCGAUCGGGAUUACAAUUUCAGUAGGAGUAUGUUUAACGUUUACUGCACAGGUAAUGAAACCGAUCUAUCAGAGUGUACAUAUGACACCAGUGACAGUGUGGGAAUGUGUGAUAAUGUGCAAGAUGCUGGAGUUCAUUGCAUCGAUACAGAUCAGACCCAAUUGGUUUUGGGACCGGAUGGUCGAAUACUCUUUUAUAACACUCAGACAGGAGAUAUAUCAACAGUAUGUUCGUACAUGUGGAAUGAUCAAGGUGCUGACGUUGUUUGUAGACAACUGGGGAUGGGAGACAGUGGUACAGCAGUCUAUCUUCCAAGAGAUCACAACUAUACAAGAAAUAUGUAUAGCGUAGAAUGCAUGGGAGGCGAAAAGAACAUGUAUGACUGUAACUACCAGGUGACUGACUACUCCGGGUCAUGUGAAUAUGUGUCUGAUGCUGGUGUUGAGUGUGCUUCCCAAGUUGCAGGUAAUAUUUCAGUGUUUGUAGGAUCUGAUGGUCGAGUACUUUUGUACAACGUAGAUACUUAUAAUACUUCAUCAAUAUGUUCCUAUAAUUGGAACGAUCAAGAUGCUACAGUUGUAUGCAAGCAAACUGGCAUGGGAGAUAUUGGUAAAGCAACAUAUAUCGAUCGGGAUUACAAUUUCAGUAGGAGUAUGUUUAACGUUUACUGCACAGGUAACGAAACCGAUCUAUCAGAGUGUACAUAUGACACCAGUGACAGUAUGGGAAUGUGUGAUUAUGUGCAAGAUGCUGGAGUUCAUUGCAUCGAUACAGAUCAGACCCAAUUGGUUUUGGGACCGGAUGGUCGAAUACUCUUUUAUAACACUCAGACAGGAGAUAUAUCAACAGUAUGUUCGUACAUGUGGAAUGAUCAAGGUGCUGGCGUUGUUUGUAGACAACUGGGGAUGGGAGACAGUGGUACAGCAGUCUAUCUUCCAAGAGAUCACAACUAUACAAGAAAUAUGUAUAGCGUAGAAUGCAUGGGAGGCGAAAAGAACAUGUAUGACUGUAACUACCAGGUGACUGACUACUCCGGGUCAUGUGAAUAUGUGUCUGAUGCUGGUGUUGAGUGUGCUUCCCAAGUUGCAGGUAAUAUUUCAGUGUUUGUAGGAUCUGAUGGUCGAGUACUUUUGUACAACGUAGAUACUUAUAAUACUUCAUCAAUAUGUUCCUACAAUUGGAACGAUCAAGAUGCUACAGUUGUAUGCAAGCAAACUGGCAUGGGAGAUAUUGGUAAAGCAACAUAUAUCGAUCGGGAUUACAAUUUCAGUAGGAGUAUGUUUAACGUUUACUGCACAGGUAAUGAAACCGAUCUAUCAGAGUGUACAUAUGACACCAGUGACAGUAUGGGAAUGUGUGAUAAUGUGCAAGAUGCUGGAGUUCAUUGCAUCGAUACAGAUCAGACCCAAUUGGUUUUGGGACCGGAUGGUCGAAUACUCUUUUAUAACACUCAGACAGGAGAUAUAUCAACAGUAUGUUCGUACAUGUGGAAUGAUCAAGGUGCUGACGUUGUUUGUAGACAACUGGGGAUGGGAGACAGUGGUACAGCAGUCUAUCUUCCAAGAGAUCACAACUAUACAAGAAAUAUGUAUAGCGUAGAAUGCAUGGGAGGCGAAAAGAACAUGUAUGACUGUAACUACCAGGUGACUGACUACUCCGGGUCAUGUGAACAUGUGUCUGAUGCUGGUGUUGAGUGUGCUUCCCAGGUUGCAGGUAAUAUUUCAGUGUUUGUAGGAUCUGAUGGUCGAGUACUUUUGUACAACGCAGAUACAUAUAAUACUUCAUCAAUAUGUUCCUACAAUUGGAACGAUCAAGAUGCUACAGUUGUAUGCAAGCAAACUGGAAUGGGAGAUAUUGGUAAAGCAACAUAUAUCGAUCGGGAUUACAAUUUCAGUAGGAGUAUAUUUAACGUUUACUGCACAGGUAACGAAACCGAUCUAUCAGAGUGUACAUAUGACACCAGUGACAGUAUGGGAAUGUGUGAUUAUGUUCAAGAUGCUGGAGUUCAUUGCAUCGAUACAGAUUCUACCUCUUCUAUGUCUACUGAAGUAAAUUCAAACGGUUAUGUCAGUAUAACUGAAAACACAUUAGCAUUAGAGCCGACCUCUGAACCAAGUUUGUAG